UACUAUGAUGUCCACCAGCAGCCCCGCAGCUACAUCCUCAGGAAGCCAAACAGCCUCGACCAAUCAGCCUACCAACUCUGGAGUCUCUAUUUCCUCUGUAGGCUCAGCAUCCACCUCCAUCCAGUCUCCCACCACCACCGCCUCCUCAGCAGGCUCAGCACCCACCACACAGUCCCUCCCAAGCCAAACUUCUUCUGCCAACUCUGCAUCAUCAUCACCUGUCACCUCUAAUUCAGUCAGUGCUACUAAUUCAGGAACCGAUUCUGCCUCCUCUACAGCUGGUUCAAUGACCAUGGCCCAGUCCAACGCCACCAUGAUGGCGUCAGGCUGGACCGGUUCAUCCAACUCUACGACUUCAGGCUCUGGAUCCUCAAACACAAUGAUGCCCACCAGUCAGCCAUCAACCUCCAUUGGUGGCACAACUGGUAUGAAUUCUUCAAUGGGCAUGAUCAACUGCCCCUCAUUCGCCUGUAACUAUUCAGACUGCUACUCCAUGUACAUGAGUCAGAACACCACUUCAUGCACUCCUGGUUACUGCUGCGAGCUGAUAAGGCAGACGGACAUGUACUACACUGUCGGCUGCAGCGCCUCCUGCUCUUAUAGCUGCUUCAACUCCUCGCAGACUAACUGUACUGUGAGCUGCUGCAACUCCACAGGCUGUCUCAAUGGCACUUUUGCAUCCAUGAUGAUGACCACAACCCCAGCAAUGACAACCACAAAGAAGGCAACACCAAUGGUUACGACCACAGCCAGGCCCCAAACAACAGCAAACAAAGGAAACAAAUGCAGUCAGGGUAAAUGCACAGGUACAGACUGCUACAAAACUUUCAAAAACCUACAAAUGUGCUCCUCUUCAGAGCCGCACUGUCAGCUGAAAAAGGAGACUGUGGGUACCUCGCUACAGUGGACCGCAGGUUGCACCACCAACUGUUCAGCCCAAACCCCAUGCAAGACCUCCACAACACCUCCUUGUCACCUGGAGUGCUGCACAGCCACGAUGACCUCCUGCCUCAUGAUGAACGGCACGCUGAAUGUCCUCAACUUUGCCACAAGAGGGCCUCAUCUAAACACAGAAUUGAUUGCUUCCUUGCUUUGCCUGCUCGCCCUCACUUGGCUGCUUUAAGUGAGUGACUUGAUGGUUGCUCAGCAGCUGUGUGGGUCAUUAGGUAAACAGAGCUUUGUGUAACUCAGUCUAUCCAGGAAAAUAAAAGCUUAUCAGUGCAGAGGAUUAACACUACUUCAUUUACAACCACUGUCCUUCAAAUAUGAUAUUAUUGUAUAUAUAAGGGAAUAUGGCGAAUCGUUUUUUAGAAUGUUGAUUUAGGUUCUCGAUUUUUUUUUAAACUUCCCAAAACAUUUUGAUAUUUGGUUCAAGACCAGUAAAAAAAAAUGGCUUUGAACAGUAUUUAUAAAUGAAAUCAACAUAGAAGAAGUUAAAACAAGCCAGAGGCAACUCAGUCUUUACACCACGUCAUAUUUAGGGAGACUAUAACAGUCUAAUUAAAAGAGUCACAAUCUAAAGAAUCGUUUUAUAUUGCUUAACAAUUUGUAAUUUGUUCUAGCCAUGACCUUGCCCAUUGCUUUGAUUGAAUUCUGAAAGAAAGCCAAACACUGUUUCAGUGCCUUGCCGGUUUGAACAGAUUUGUACACUCUUUUCUUUUUUGAUGGGUGAGUGAGCCUAAACAACACAUUCAUAUUAUCAAAUCGUCUCCAUAGAAUAACCUUUCUUAAAGCCAUUGUGAGAGUGACGCCGAUGUGACUCUAUAUGCACUUUAUGAAACACAAACGUUGAGCUGUUACAGGGUGUUAUGAAGGUUUGCUGUAGCAUUUCUGUAGAUGCAGUCAGAAUUACAUGUGCAAUUUAGUACAUUUCACGACAAAUAUUUUUUUGUGAAUUGUGAUUUGGUUGCAGGUCUAUAUUGUGUGGUUUACAAAGUUUUAAUGUAUAAUAGUGUCGUGUAAAUGUUGAAUGAAAUCAGAUUUGUUACAAGCUGUUCUAGUUUUGUGUACUGUAUGAAUACAAUGAGUGUCUUUAAAUGAAAUACAGCUAAUAAAAAUAUAUAAGUAUGAA